AUGACGCUCGCGAGCCUGCCGCAGCUGCUGCUGGCGCCGCCCAUGGACGUGGCGAGUCUGCCCGUGGAUGUGUGCACGUUCUGCGCGAUCGAGUCGUUUGUGACGGCGUUUGCCGGCGAGUUUGCGCUCCUCCAGCUCCUCGUGGUGGCAACGACCUUUUGCCCGCGCAAGAAGGAGCUCCACGGACUCACGUACGCGCUGUAUCUCUCGUUCAUGGACUUUGGCGGCGUCGUGAGCGCCUUCUUCUCCGCGCUCUUGGUGUCGGCUCUCGGGAUCACCCAGGAUCCGGUGACGUACGCCAUUGACUAUAGCAACCUCUGGCUCUUGCUCGUGCUCGGCGCGAUCUUCCAAGUUGCCAUCCUCGCCUUCUUGUGUCUCCUCCCGCGCCAGCUGGAAGACGCAAAUACUGGCGACGAGCCGGAAGCCCAAGCCCUCUUGGCGCCGUCCGAGGCCUAGAAAACGAUGGACCCAAAGCUCUACUAGAAGAGUGUCUCCCAUACUUUUGUGUGCAGA